AUGUGUUCCAUUCAUGCCAGUAAACGUGUUCGGACCCUCCAGAGCCAUAAAGAGCCACCGAGUGAAGCAGAGACUCAUGCCGAAGACACUGCUGACAGAGAUGGCCAUAAAGAGCCUGUGGACGAUGUGGACUCCUGGGGUGAGUCCAUCGAGAAGCUGCUGUCCUGUAAAGCGGGACAGGCGGCUUUCCAGGACUUCCUGAAGUCGGAAUACAGUGAGGAAAAUAUUCUGUUCUGGCUGGCAUGUGAGGAAUAUAAAAAGGUGACGAAUGAGCCGGAGAUGAUCAGCAUGGCCAAUCAGAUCUACACUGAGUUUGUGCAGACGGAAGCACCCAGACAGGUUAACAUCGAUUCUGGGACUCGCACAAAUAUAACAAACAGCAUCUCGGAGCCAACACGAAGCUCAUUUGACACAGCACAGAAGAUGAUCUUCAGUCUAAUGACCAGAGACUGCUAUCCCAGGUUUCUGAAGUCCGACAUCUACCAGUCCAUCCUGCAAAAGCAUGGAAAGAGAUGACUUCAUAACUAGUGGCGUAUCCAGAGUACCAGUUGCCAUAAACAUGUUUUUUUUUAAUCUUGUUUUAUAUUUGGUAAGCAUAAUAAGUUUAGCUUUGGACUUUUAAUAUUGUUAUUUGUGAAGGAAAACACUCAUUUCAGUGUCACUCUAUAGGAUGCAGUCUGAUUUUCAUGUUCAGUUGCCCAUUGAUUGAUUUUUCCUCUUCACAGAAAAUCAAACCAAUUAAUCACGUCUCAUUUUAAACCAUAACAGAAAAUUGUAUAAUCACCAUCAUAUCAUCAAAAGAAUGUUAUAAAUUAUCCCGUGUGGGAUUAAAGGAUCUGUUAUGGGCCUGCAAUUGCCUGGUAAUCAGCAUACUGUUGAGAAAUCCAGAAAAAGAGGAUCUGAGCGCUCCUUUUUACACAUGUACAGCCAAUUCUCCUACAGUUAGCUUCUGUAGUAGUGCAACGUUUUUAUUAGUUUAUUAAUCAGGCAUUUAAAAAACAUACCAUUACUAUUAUUGUUGUUUGUUAUAAUUAUUAUGAUGUAAAAUAUUUUAUUAUCACUACUACUACUUUUUUUUUUUAGGGUUUCUAAUAAUUGAUGUCAGAUCGUAAAGAGGGAAAUUUGUACUAUGAAUUUAAGAGACUGUUUAAAAAAUGACCACUAUUAUCUAGGCAGGAACAUCCUGGAUUUCUUAAAUAAAAAAGGAGAAAAAUCUGUAUAUAAAAUUGUAAUAAAUGAACAUAAAAUAUGAAGAA